ACAACAUCGUGAUUUAUACCAAAAUACAAUUAAAUUAUUCUUAAAACUAAUUUCAAGAUGGUUGAGUCAUGGGCCGCAAUGAGUGUAAACACUAGAAUACCCUUCCCUUGGUCUUCUAUACCAAAAGAAAGGAGUACCCUUAAUUUCGGUUCGUCCUCUUCAUUUCUCGGCUUCAAACGAGAAUCAAAAGCCGCAAAACAAAAAAAGCACUUAUUUAGAGUCCAAAAAACAAAGGCAAACAAAACCUUUGUUGCUAGUGUCACUAGAAACAAUUCACCUUUACUUCUCCAGUUUUCGACCAACGACAGUAUGGGAUUGAAGGGUGCUCCCGCCGCCGCCACUUUAUCUUCAUCUGACGACGUCGUUCUCAAGUCUCCGAACGACAGUCGUCUUUACCGUCUCAUUCAUUUGGAAAAUGGGCUUCAAGCUUUGCUUGUUCACGAUCCUGAGAUUUAUCCUGAAGGUCCUCCCAAAACUGAAACAAUCGAGGAAGAUGAAGAAGAAGAAGAUGAUGAAGAGGAUGAAGAAGAUGGAAUGGAUGAUGAUGAUGAGGAGGACGAAGAAGAAGAUGGAAUGGAUGAUGAUGAUGAGGAUGUAGAUGGAAGAGAAGGAGGCAAGGCUGCUGCAAAUCAGAGUAAAAAGGCUGCAGCAGCUAUGUGCGUGGGAAUUGGCAGUUUCUCUGAUCCGAAUGAAGCACAAGGGCUAGCUCAUUUUUUAGAACACAUGCUCUUCAUGGGGAGUGAUGAAUUUCCAGAUGAAAAUGAGUAUGAUAGCUAUUUGUCGAAGCAUGGUGGCUCUUCAAAUGCAUACACAGAAACUGAAUAUACCUGCUACCAUUUUGAAGUGAAGCGCGAGUUUCUCAAGGGCGCCUUGAGAAGAUUUUCUCAAUUUUUUAUAUCUCCUCUUGUAAAAGCGGAGGCCAUGGAGCGAGAAGUACAAGCAGUAGAUUCAGAAUUUAACCAGGUGUUACAAAGUGAUGCUUGCCGUCUUCAACAACUUCAGUGCCAUACUUCUACACCUAAUCAUCCUUUGAAUAAAUUCUUUUGGGGGAAUAAAAAGAGCCUGGUCGAUGCAAUGGAAAAGGGUAUUGAUCUGCGGGACCAAAUAUUGAAAUUAUACAAGGAUUAUUACCAUGGUGGAUUAAUGAAGCUUGUUGUUAUUGGUGGAGAGUCUCUGGAUGUGCUCGAGAGUUGGGUUGUGGAACUAUUUGGUGCUGUUAAAAAGGGGCCUCAAGUAAAUCCGAAGUUCACUGUGGAAGGUCCAAUAUGGAAACCCGGUAAAAUUUAUCGGCUAGAAGCUGUCAAAGAUGUUCAUAUCCUUGACUUAUCAUGGACCCUGCCUUGUCUACAUCAAGAGUAUCUAAAGAAACCAGAAGAUUAUUUGGCUCAUCUCCUUGGGCAUGAGGGAAGGGGAAGCUUGCUUGCCUUUCUCAAGGCAAAAGGAUGGGCUACAUCUCUAUCUGCUGGUGUUGGGGAUGAUGGAGUUUUUCGGUCAUCGAUAGCUUAUGUCUUUGUUAUGUCCAUCCACCUUACUGACUCUGGUGUAGAAAAGAUCUUCGAUAUUAUCGGUUAUGUCUAUCAAUACCUUAAUUUAUUGCGUCAAAAUUCUCCACAAGAAUGGAUAUUUAAGGAACUUCAAAAUAUUGGAAACAUGGAAUUCAGAUUUGCAGAAGAGCAGCCUCAGGAUGAUUAUGCUGCAGAGCUUGCAGAAAAUUUGAAGCUCUUUCCAUCAGAAGAUGUCAUUUAUGGUGACUAUGUGUACAAGACAUGGGAUGAGCAAUUGGUAAAACAAAUUCUUGGUUUCUUCGUUCCCGAAAAUAUGAGGGUAGACGUUGUCUCAAAGUUGAUUCAGAAGUCAGAAGAUUUCCAGCAUGAGCCUUGGUUUGGUUCACGUUAUGUUGAAGAAGAUAUCACUCAAGAUUUGUUGGAGUUAUGGAGAAAUCCUCUAGAAAUUGAUGCGGCAUUGCACCUUCCAUCCAAGAAUGAGUUUAUUCCAAGCGACUUUUCUAUACGGGCUGGUGAUACGGAUCAUGAUGAAUUUGAAAAUACGACCUCUCCUAGAUGUAUAGUUGAUGAAGCUUUGAUGAAAUUUUGGUAUAAGCUGGAUAGUACUUUCAAAGUUCCACGAGCCAAUACAUAUUUUCGAAUCAACUUGAAAGGUGGAUAUGAUAACGCGAAGAGUUGUGUGCUGUCCGAAUUGUUCAUUCAUCUUCUUAAAGAUGAGUUGAAUGAAAUCGUAUAUCAGGCUAGUGUUGCCAAGUUAGAAACGUCCGUCGCUUAUGUUGGUGAUAUGCUUGAGCUAAAAGUCUAUGGUUUCAAUGAGAAGCUUCCUGUUCUCUUAUCAAAAGUUUUGUCUGCUGCCAGAUCUUUUAUGCCAACCGAUGAUCGAUAUCAGGUAAUAAAAGAAGACGUGAAGAGAGCUUUAAAGAACUCCAACAUGAAACCUCUAAGCCAUUCAUCGUAUUUGAGAUUACAAGUCUUGUGUCAGAGCUUUUAUGACGUUGACGAGAAGCUGCAUCAUCUAAAUGAUUUGUCGCUUGAUGAUCUGAAGGCAUUUAUACCCGAGCUUCGCUCACAGUUAUAUAUUGAGAGUCUAUGCCAUGGAAAUUUGUCAGAAGAAGAAGCGAUUAACAUAUCAAAUAUAUUUAAGACGAAUUUUCCCGUAAAUCCACUCCCUAUCAAUUCGAGGCAUGCUGAGCGUGUAAUUUGCCUCCCUUCAAGUGCCAAUUUAGUUAGAGAUAUAAAUGUGAAGAACAAGUUGGAAAAAAACUCUGUGAUUGAGCUUUAUUUUCAAAUCGAAGAAGAUCUUGGAUUGGGAUCAACCAAGAUGAAAGCUUUGAUCGAUCUUUUUGAUGAAAUUGUCGAGGAGCCCCUUUUUAAUCAGCUGAGGACAAAGGAGCAGCUUGGUUAUGUUGUUGAAUGUAGCCCACGAGUAACAUACCGUGUUUUUGGGUUUUGUUUCUGUAUUCAGUCAGCUGAGUACAAUCCUAUUUACUUGCAAGGUAGAGUUGAAAGCUUCAUAAAUGACCUGGAAGAAUUGUUGGGUGGCCUUGAUGAUGAUUCCUUUGAGAAUUAUAAAAGUGGCUUAAUGGGUAAGCUGUUGGAGAAAGAUCCAUCACUCACAUAUGAAAGCAAUAGAUUAUGGAAUCAGAUUGUUGAUAAAAGGUACAUUUUUGAUAUAUCAAAGAAGGAAGCCGAAGAACUGAAAAACAUAAGCAAGCAUGAUGUUAUUGAGUGGUACAAAACAUAUUUGAAACAAUCGUCUCCCAAGUGUCGGAGAUUACUUGUUCGGGUAUGGGGUUGCAACACAGAUAUGAAGGAUGCUGAAGCAGCUCCCAAAUCUGUGCAAGUCAUAACAGAUCCAGCAGCUUUUAAGAUGCAAUCCAAUUUUUAUCCAAGUUUUUGUUAAAUUAAAUAUAUAGUAUGUUGAAUUUAAAAUGUUGAAUUACAUAUUCUUUGCAGGAAAGAAUUUGAGGGGUAAAAACUGUAGAGAAUGUGUUUUGGUAGAGUUAUUGAUUGCUGUAAAUUACAUUUAUUUGGGAAUUAUUCAUUCAUUUUAUCAUUUAAGUUAAUUGUAGUCCA